AUGAAUUUAUCCAAACCUUUUAAAAAUCAGCCCUUUGUAGCACCUCUUCAAAUGAUGGCAUUCAGUAACUGUGCUGCGUUCUCUGUAAGGGAGAGCAGGAAGUAUCACGGAAAUCCAGAGAGGAGUGAAGUUUCAGGAAAAAGAGCCAGGAAAGGCAGAAAUGAUGAAUUAUUAAUUACAGCCAGAAUGGAUCAGAAUUAUGUUGAAAAAAGACUUUCAACAGUUUCACCUGAUGAAGAAAGAAGAGAAGAAAAUAAAGUAAACCAAGAAAUUGAUCAAGAACCAUCUCCUUCCCCCAAAUUGGACAGAUUCAAACUAGCAAGACACUUAACUGAAAAAGCAAUCAAGGACAAGAAGAUAUUUUCCAUCUAUGGACACUACCCGGUAAUCCGCAAUACUCUACGAAGGAAAGGAUGGGUGGAGAAGAAAUUCAGUUUCUUAUCAAAGAUGGUGCCAAAUGGUGAAGAUGAAUGUGAAGAAAACAAAUAUAUUGAAGAUGAAGAAGAUAAUGAGACGAUCUUUCAGAAGUCAAAUAACAUCCAUGACGUGAUGUCUAGGUUGGUAAAAACAAAAAUUCCUUACUUUCUUUGGACUAUAAAGAGGGAUGUGGUUGAUUACCAUAAUUUAAGGGGUGAUCAGAUGUUGAACCACUAUGGAAAAACAGCUUCCUUUACCACCAAGAUUGGAUUGUGCAUGAACAUGCGGAGUCUGCCUUGGUAUGUCCCAGCUAAUCCUCACUCCUUCUUCCCUCGUUGUUAUGGUCUCUGCUCCGAAGGCGAGAAACAGGAGUUCCUGGACGACUUCAGGCGGACAGCUGCAUCUAGUAUCCUGAAGUGGGUUGUCAGUCACCACAAUUAUAGCAAGAAUAAAUCCAGGGCCAAAAAAGAAGAGAAUGAUGAAGAGACGAGCCAAAAUAAAGAUCAAGCUAAUGCUGAUGAAAAGAAACUCAUAGACCUCCCAGGGCAACUCAUAGAGGUGGCUUGCAAGGUGUGUGAGGACUACCUCGGGCAGUUGGAACACAAUGACAUUGAUGUCUCGGCGGAGUCCCUGAAAACCCUCUCUGAAGCCGAGUGGAAGGAGCUGGUCCAGCAGUACUACGACCUCAUCCAUGGUGAUGCUUGUAUUUCCAGUUCAAAGAGUUACCUUUCCCAGUGUCAGAGUAUUCUGAAUAAAAUCAUGUCGGUGAACCCCCAGUCUGAAAUUGAUGGCAUGAGGAACAUCUGGAUCUUAAAGCCAGGCGCCAAAUCUCGAGGCAGAGACAUCGUAUGUAUGGACAGAGUGGAAGAAAUUAUGAAGCUUGUGACACCGGAUAACAUUCCUUCCAAGGAUAACAAAUGGGUGGUCCAAAAGUACAUUGAGACGCCCCUGCUGAUUUAUGACACCAAGUUUGAUAUUAGACAGUGGUUCCUCGUCACAGAUUGGAACCCUCUGACCAUUUGGUUCUACAAAGAAAGUUACUUGAGGUUCUCGACUCAGCGGUUCUCCUUAGACAGUUUGGACAGCUCCAUUCAUCUUUGUAACAACUCCAUCCAGAAGCAUUUUAAGAACGCCAAGGACCGCAGCCCUCUGCUCCCCUGCUACAACAUGUGGACCAGCACCAAGUUCCAGGAGUACUUGAAGAGGCGGGGCCAGGGCCACAUCUGGCACAACAUCAUCUACCCGUCCAUGAAGAAGGCCAUCACCCACACCAUGAAAGUGGCCCAGGACCACGUGGAGGCCCGCAAAAACAGCUUCGAGCUCUACGGCGCCGACUUCAUCCUCAGCAAGGAUUUCAAGCCGUGGCUCAUCGAGAUCAACUCCAGCCCCACCAUGUUCCCGUCCACACCUGUCACAGCACAGCUUUGCGCCCAAGUACAAGAGGAUACCAUCAAGGUCGUUGUUGACAGAAAAACUGACCGCAACUGUGACAUUGGCAACUUUGAACUCCUGUGGAGACAGCCUGCUGUGGAACUGCCCCCAUUCAGCGGCCCCAACCUCUUCGUGGAAGGCUUCAACAUUCAGAAAGGAAGGAGACAUAUGACUCCCAUUACCAACAUCAGCCUCAGGAGCCCCCUGCCAGCUGGGCUCGUGCUGCGAAACAGAUGCUUCAGCUCCCAACAGGACCAGCUGUCUGAGCAGACAACAUCUCCCAAGCAGGACGUGAAAAUGAGAGAAGACAAGGGACCUCCCUGCCUCUUACUGAUGCCUUUGAAGAGAGGGUCGGGAAGAACGUACAAGAUAAACUCGGUCUACACAAAGACCCUCAGCAAUAUGGAAUUUCCCUCUUUUGCGAUUCGACGCCUAGAAAACAUUUCCCAUAAAGCUGUGUUUCCCAGAACUAAGACAACAAAGCUUGUGGACACUGAUAUAUUAAGUACUGCCUCCAUCGCCUCUGUGCUGCAGAGCAUCCGGUCCUUGGAGAACCCUGUGUUCCAGCCGCCCAGAGGCUCAGGUUUGCCAAGCAGCGUCCCAGCCCCUUGCCUCGUUUGCAAAGGAACGUUUCAGAUGGAAAAGACCUGCAAGCAUUGUAGCUCCUUUUGUGCCACGAUCUUACAAGGAAACGCCUAUGUCCCUCUAAAUGGGCAGAACGGCCCAUCCAAAAGAAUGGUGGGCAGCCUGCAGAACCUCUGAAACACCCACUUUCCCUAGAAAAUUUAUAGCAUCCUAAAUGGAUUCCUAGACAG